AUGGCUGCUUUGCAGCAGCAUGUAGCGUCUAUUAAGGCCGCCUAUUAUAACCAGGAUCCUCGCUCUCUCCUCGCCGCCUUCCGCCUGGACCCCACCACCUUUUCUACUUUGCAGACCGACCUGAACAAGGAUCCACGACGUGAUCUGUCCAAAUGGGUUCUCGGUCAGAUCCCAGUAUCUUCUUCACCCACCGACUCGGAUCGCUUUCAGACGCUCGUCGCCGACUUCCUCGCUUACGUUCGCGAUCAUGUUCCUCUGCAAUACGCUGCACCCGCCGCUGAACCUCCAGAUCCGACCGAUUGGGAUCGAGCGUACGAUGCGUGGGCGCUGGUCUACUCGCGCGCUUCUACCUUCUUCUCGCUGCCGGACACCACGUGGUUCAUCUCGAGCCUCCGCUUCUUCGCUUCGACUCUCGUCACGCUCGCAAUGGCUGUAGAUCAACGCACGGAUGCAGUACUCAAGCGCAAGACCACCGACGCAGCAGGAAGGCUCUCCAAGGCAGCGGGCAUGGCCGGCAACGAUCGAUCGCAAGCGUCAGGCUCCGAGACCAAACGCGCCGCCGUGCUCAUGCUCGCCAACCUCAGUUUCAAGGCCUACUUCAAGCUCAACAACACCCGUCUGUGCGAGACCGUGCUGGGUAGCGUCGAGAAUGCGCUCAAAGUGAAUCGCACCUUCGCACGAAACAGCGGCAUCCAUGACGACUCCGGAGAGCAAUGUUACUCGAAAGCGGAUCGCGUCACCUAUCGAUACUACCUUGGACGCUUGCGUCUCUUCCAGCACAAUAUUCGAGCCGCCUCGACCCAUCUGCGCUGGGCAUUCGACAAUUGCACCCUCAGAAAUCUGAAGAACAAAAGGGCGAUCUUGAUCCCGCUUGUGGCUACGUACCUGAUCUUGGGCCGAUAUCCGCAGCCUGCCCUCCUCGAGGCGGCCAAUCUGUCGCCCAUCUAUGGCGGACUCACCUUUUACCUCAAGACUGGACAGGCAGCUGCAGCGCUCGACGAGCUGGACCGACAUAUGGACUGGUUCAGAGUUCGCGGGCUCUAUCUGAUCCUGCGCGAAAAGCUCCAGAUCAGUCUCUGGCGCAAUCUAGCGCGGAAAUGUCUAAGCCUCUCGCACGGAUCCGCGCAGCCUUCAUCGGCUCCUCCAACAAUGCGACUCGAUACUCUGCUUUCGGCCGCUCAUAUCGCAUGGAGCGACACCUCGCUCCAGCCAGAGGAUGUGGAAGCCGUGGUGGCUAGCAUGGUCGACCAGGGCUUCAUCAAGGGAUACGUCCUUCAUUCCAAGUCCAUGCUGGUCUUGCAAAAAGGUCCGCACAUGGGCUUCCCUCCGAUAUGGACUGUGUUUGAGGCAAGGUAA